CUCCUUGGACACCCCAGACCCUCCGCGAAGGAAUCGAGCCCCCACCCCCACCCCCCGGCUCUUCCCCGGGAGAGGACCCCCUCCGCCUUCCUCAUCAACCCCUCCUGGGGCGGGGAGCGCUUCCACGUGGACCCCCCACCACCCAUCUGGCCUCAGAGCCAAUCAAGUGGAGAUGACCGUCAAGCUGGAUUUUGAGGAGUGUCUCAAGGACUCACCCCGCUUCCGAGCCUCUAUCGAGCUGGUGGAAGCCGAGGUGUCAGAGCUGGAGGCCCGGCUAGAAAAGCUUCUCAAGCUGGGGAAUGGCCUCCUGGAAAGUGGGCGCCACUACCUGGCCGCUGGCCGCACCUUCAUCGCUGGCAUUUGUGACCUGGCCCGCCUGGGUCCACCAGAGCCCAUGAUGGCGGAGUGUCUGGACAAGUUCACCACGAGCCUCAGCCACAAGCUGGACAGCCAUGCGGAGCUUUUAGAUGCCACCCAGCACACGCUGCAGCAGCAGAUCCAAACCCUGGCCAAAGAAGGUCUUCGGGGCUUCCGAGAGGCUCGCAGGGAUUUCUGGAAGGGGGCUGAGAGCCUGGAGGCUGCUCUUAUCCAUAACGCCGAGGUCCCCAGGCGCCGGGCCCAGGAGGCAGAAGAGGCGGGCGCUGCCUUGAAGACUGCGCGGGCUGGAUACCAGGGACGAGCCCUGGAUUAUGCCCUGCAGAUCAACGUGAUUGAGGACAAGAGGAAGUUUGACAUCAUGGAGUUUGUGCUGCGGCUGGUGGAGGCCCAAGCUAUCCAUUUCCAGCAGGGCCACGAGGAGCUGGGCAAGCUGGCCCAGUAUCGCAGGGAGCUGGGCGCCCAGUUGCACCAGCUGGUCCUGAAUUCAGCUCGUGAGAGGAGAGACAUGGAGCAGAGACACGUGCUGUUGAAGCAGAAGGAGCUGGGUGGGGAGGAGCCAGAGCCAAGCCUAAAGGAAGGGCCUGGUGGCCUGGUGAUGGAAGGACACCUCUUCAAACGGGCCAGCAACGCAUUUAAGACCUGGAGCAGACGCUGGUUCACUAUUCAGAGCAACCAACUGGUUUAUCAGAAGAAGUACAAGGACCCCGUGACCGUGGUGGUGGAUGACCUUCGCCUCUGCACUGUGAAGCUCUGCCCCGACUCAGAAAGGCGGUUUUGCUUUGAGGUUGUGUCCCCCAGCAAGUCCUGCCUCCUGCAGGCUGACUCGGAGCGUCUUCUGCAGCUGUGGAUCAGUGCUGUGCAGAGUAGCAUCGCCACGGCCUUCAGCCAGGCUCACCUCGAGGACAGCCCCCGGGGGCCAGGCCAGGGCUCAGGAUACCCGGCCAUGAGCUCCUCCGCUACCCUGGGCUGUGGCGGGAUGAGCAGGGGCAGGGACCCAGGCGGAGCUGGGCACGUGGCAGCCCAGGUGCAGAGCGUAGACGGCAAUGCCCAGUGCUGUGACUGCCGAGAGCCAGCCCCAGAGUGGGCCAGCAUCAACCUGGGUGUCACUCUGUGCAUCCAAUGCUCAGGCAUCCACAGGAGCCUCGGGGUUCACUUCUCCAAAGUCAGGUCUCUGACACUUGACUCAUGGGAGCCAGAACUGGUGAAGCUUAUGUGCGAGCUGGGGAAUGUUGUCAUCAACCAGAUCUAUGAGGCCCGCGUGGAGGCCAUGGCAGUGAAAAAACCAGGGCCCACCUGCUCCCGGCAGGAGAAGGAGGCCUGGAUUCAUGCCAAAUAUGUGGAGAAGAAGUUCCUGACCAAACUUCCUGAGAUACGAGGGCGAAGAGGUGGCCGGGGGCCCUCCAGGGGACAGCCUCCUGUGCUCCCCAAGCCUUCCAUCAGGUCCCAGCCGGGAAGCUGCAGAGCCAGGCCAGAGCCCCCCUCCGAUGACCUGGGCAGCCUCCACCCGGGGGCCCUGCUGUUUCGAGCUGCCGGGCACCCUCCAUCCCUCCCCACCAUGGCCGAUGCCCUCGCCCACGGAGCUGAUGUCAACUGGGUCAAUGCAGCUCGGGAAAAUGCCACGCCACUGAUCCAGGCCACGGCUGCUAAUUCUCUUCUGGCCUGUGAGUUUCUCCUCCAGAACGGGGCGAAUGUGAACCAGGCAGACAAUCACGGCCGGGGGCCGCUGCACCACGCAACCAUUCUGGGCCACACCGGGCUAGCCUGCCUGUUCCUGAAACGAGGAGCCGACCUGGGAGCUCGGGACUCCGAAGACAAAGACCCCUUGACGAUCGCCAUGGAAACGGCCAACGCUGACAUCGUCACCCUGUGCGGCUGUUUGGGGGCGGGGCCAGCUCUUGCCCUACCCACCUGGGGGCGGGGCUUGGGAGCUGCUGGCCGGCUGCCGGACCCGGCAAGAGGAAGGGCUACGCCUGGCAAAGAUGAGAGAGGUCGAGGCGGCCCAGGGCCAGGCAGGAGACGAGACGUAUCUGGACAUCUUCCGCGACUUCUCCCUCAUGGCGUCGGACGACCCAGAGAAGCUGAGCCGGCGCAGUCACGACCUGCACACGCUCUGAUCCCGCAUCCCGGCCCCCUCUGCCCCACCCCGCCGGUCCCUGGGCCAUUAAAGCCUCUGUGCUCUGCGCUUCCCGUUGUCAUUCCUCUGCGGGGCGCCAUCCUCCGGCCGGGCCGGGGCUGCGGGAGCGGUGGGGGUUUGCGAGCUCGAGUCACGCGAGGGGCCACUCCGGGACAGCGAGGCGGAGGCCGCAGCCCUAGCACCCGGCGGCCCUGGGCGGAGCUGUCGGGCUCGGGCGACAUGGCCAGACGCGGCGGGCCUGGCAGAGGAGAGGCCGCCCGCGUGGGCUGGGGGGCCGGCCUCCCAUAGGGGGCCGCUGGCGUC